GACGAUUGCACGGAAGACCUCACAUUAACAACACACUAAUCAUCAAGAUCAUCAACAACAGCCACUCAGUCAAGUCCAAGAUAUCUUUCACUUUUCCACCCGGAAUUGUUCAAUAUUCACAUCCAUAAUGUUCAAGUUUCUCCAGCCCAAGGUGCUUGACACCAUCACCCUAUUCCACAAGGCGAGCAAUCCUGCCUCCAUCAGGAUUGCCACUCUCCUCAAGCAAGCCGCAGGCUCAGGUGCUGCUGUUUCCGACAAUGCGCCCGCCAAGAAGUCUGACUUUGAGCUCAACAUCACUGAGGAGGCACCCACCACCGAACAGCUCAGAACCAUGUUGGACUAUGUGGGCAAGACGGGCAUUUCAUCCAUCAUCAGCAAUGCCCAAAAUGAGACAGAAGCCCUGAAGAAGUUCAAGGAGAACGGUGAUAACCUCAAUAGGCCCAUUGUGGUUGACUGGAACAACGGCAAGGUCUUCACUGGCGACAACGAGUCUGCCAUUCUCAAGUUGUUGGAGGAUCUCCCCAAGAAAAACUAAUGCUGAUGCGCAUUGUCCCCAUUUUUCUUUUCCUUUUUCCAAUUUCUGUUCUUGUCAAGAAGAUACUCCUCUCCUCCCCGUCUGUUAUGUAACUGGCAUUGUUGUCUGUGCUCCUCUCACCGAAGCACCUUUACUUUAUAGAUACCAAGUGGUUGAAUGAAGCAAGAAGAAGUCUUUCCAAAUAACCGGGCAAGCCUGUCAAUGGAUGAUCGCCUCUUUUCUUGCUUAUGACAUAGUGUGCGUUAUUGGGCUAGAAUUGUCAUGAGCAAAGAUCGAAUGAAGGGAUAUCAGCACUGAUAUCAAUGCAUCCACACAUUGGACAUCUGCACAAUGCCAUGUCCGCAUCCAUCAAUAACAAGAAGAAGGAGACGGAGAUGGCUAAGCAAUAUGGCACUAGUCUAGAGGGGCUUGCGGGAAAGGGUUUUAACCAAACUUUUAUGCUAUCGUCCUGCACAGGUUCGGUGCGUUCUUCCCCGUCUCCAUGCGUGGUAAAUCCGGGAGCGAUAGUGUCGGGCAUGGAAAAACUGGCGGUAGCAAUUUCG